UCAAACAGCCGUUGAACGGUUCUGGCGCUGUACUGUGUUGUUAUUUUGUACGGCAUUCAACAGCGACCCUGUAAAAUCAUACAAAAUGGAAGAAUCUAGCAAGGUACUGGAAACGCUUAAAAAGAUCGGUGGCAUCGACGUGCGCCACCUGUGGAUCAUACAUGAUGAAACGUUUCGCGAGUUUUUCGAUUGGUUCACCAAAAUUGACGAUGACAAUCUCGUUACGGACAUGCUGUUGAAGAAUUACCAAGAGCUCGAUCGCAACGGAACCGUGCUGAACGACGCGCUGUUAGAAGAGCAACUGCACGCACUGAACCACGAGUUUAGCGGCAUUCUCGAGCACACGGAUCGCGAUGUGGAAGCAUUGGAGCUGCAGCUCGAGCAGCUGGUGGAGGUGGAGGAAAAGUACGAGAAGCUGCUGAACGGUGCCAAGAAGACGGACCUCGCGCUCACGAAGGAGCUGUCCGAGCUGGAGCGUUCCGUGCGGGACCAGGAGUAUGUGCUGGAGAAGGUCGCCACGAACAGUGUGGAAAUGGCUCGACAGCUGGAAGAGAGCCAGCAGGCAACGCAGCAGCAGAUAUCGGAUUUGCAACACUGCUACUAUCAACGGCAAAAUCCACCCCUUUUCAUCUACCAAAUGCCGAUCGACCAGUUCGACGCAAAGUGUGACCAGUUUUUAAAGUACCUGGAGCUGUACGUGAAGAAGCACUUCACCGUGAAACGGCUCGACAACUCAAAGUCAACGGACGAUGGGGACAAUCAGCAGGUGAUCGAUGAGCUGGAGGGCAUUAAGAUGCGCCUGGACGAGGAGGAGCUGAAGCUGCUGGAGGCAAAGCGCGAGUAUGCCGGCGUUAUGAAGCUUGUCGAGCGCUUGCAGGGCCAUAGCUGGAUGCCGCUGAAAGUGUCCGCGCUAAAGAAACAGUGCGUCGAGCUGAGGGCCGCCAACGAGCAGGACCUGUUGCGGAUGGAUUUGCUGAAGCACGAGCUCGACACGCUGAUCAGGCAGGUGAACGAGCUGAAGAUCGAAUCGGUACUGUACGAAAACAACCGCGUCAAGCUGAACCGUGCCGUCAGCCGGCUGGAGUACAUCCAGCGGCUGGACGCAAGCAUCUCGCGCGAGCUCAUGAACGCCGAGCUGCUGUGGGUGCUGAUGCAGCUCGAUCUGGAGAAGAUACGCGACCGGUUCGAUAAUGCGGACGAGAUGAACGGCGAGUCCAAGCGGUGCUUCCGGCGCAUCGACACGAUGCGCCAGAUCGAACGGAACGGUGCGCUGGAGGAAGCGUACGGUGACUAUUUGGCACAGCUGUACGCGCUCAGUGCAGCUCAAGACAGCUCCACCGAGCAGCGACCGGGCGAAGAGUCGAUCCGUGGAAUGAAAGCAUCGCUUCAGCACUUUUCCGGUUUGCUUAAGCGGCUGUCGCAACAGUGUGACUCCAUUGCGAAAGGAAAAUACCAUCGAAAGGCGGACGAGAUGCUGAAGCAAUUAGCGCGCGAAGAGAAACUGCUGUCCCGGUUCGUCUUCGAUGGUCCCCUAAAUUAUCCUCAAUUUUACGACCAAGAGUACCUGGAACGCGUCCAAAAGCUCACCUACGCACUGGGUCAGCUCGAGCGGGACUUCCGCAACGUACGGAAAGAUGUCGUGCAGAACAUCGAAGAACCGAAGCAAAACAAAAAGUUUUGGCUGUACAACCAGCGGCUGUGGAUUUGGUUCCUGACCGAGCCGAAAAAGGUCGCCAUUGCCAUCAAGGAAAUAACGGCCGAAGCGUCCAAAACGGCCAGCUACAAGGGCAUUUCCGGCAUCAAGUGUAAAUCGAUUGCCGAUGAUGUGAAGUUUUAGCUGGCUCCGGUAAGUUUAACGAACGGCUUUGUUCCUUUCCAACCAGAUGUGGUAUUUGUAACGUUAAAACACAACACUAUGAGGUGGUAUUGGAUGGCAUAUUAGUUGUAACAAUCAAUCAAUAAAUAUUUACUUAUGUAUUUUAGACUGUUUAUCACACAAAACAAAAUAUUGUAAUCAGCACCUUGAGUCCGGGAAAGAAACUAGAACCUACCAACGAGUAAAAAUUCGCUUUUAAAACAAUCAAACCAACUCGAUCGAACAAUCGAACUACACUUAUUGGCUAGUAAAUUAUUGCAGGCUCUACCCCAUACGCUAAGCCUUAUAUGCCCCACUUACCCCGCGAGAGCGAAACAUAUUCCAUUUAAAAUGUGUUUGGUUUUAUUUGCACCAUAAUCCGAUUGUAAUCCAAUUUUUGCCUUCGCGCUGUAUCGCUCUCAGAACGGCCCCCGGUAUCGAUUGUGUUGCGUUUUUUUUUAUAGGAGACACAUACACACAAAAAAGAGACUUCACUUGCCCACUUUUUUACGGUCACCGAAACUAGCAUUUCCGGGGGUUUAAGAACGUGGCCCGAUCGCAUCCCGCAGGCUAUUGGCUUAAAGGAUAUUUGCUUGCAAAAAAAAGAACGGAAGAAAGGGGUUGAUUCACUUUAUAAAGGCGCGUAGUAUUAUGGCUUGUUGGUUUUGUUCGGGCAUAAUCUGCCACUACACCACCACCACCAGUGGAAUGCAAUCGAGUUUUACUUACUUAUUUCUUCGCCCUUUUUCGUGUGGCUGGGUUAACUUUGGUGCCGGCCUUGGAAUGAUCCAACGCGAGCAUCUUGAAAUUGACCUUAAACGGAAAGACAUGGUACAGACAUGGGCAGAGACUUGGGUGACCAAAAACAGUAACAGAAUCCCUAGACCCGGAUACCUACACACAUCCGUCCAUGUUUAACCCGCAACAGUAGGGGGGGGGGGGGGGGGGGGGCGAUGG